AUGUCAAUGUCAAUGGCGACAUCCUCCGAGGCCAUGAACAUGGCCAUGACUACGGGCACGCAAAACAUGGCCAUGCCUUCGUCCACCGGCGCAUCUGGCAUGGGAGACAUGUCCGGCCACGGCAUGAGCGGCAUGAUGUCCAUGGCCGACAUGAUGAUGGUGUUCUUCACCUCGUUUCAGACACCGCUCUACUCUACCGCAUGGACGCCGACCACCCAGGGCGAAUACGCCGGCACUUGCAUUUUUCUCAUUGCCCUGGCCUGCAUCCUUCGAUUCAUGCUCGCCCUGAGACCCAUCUUGGAAGCGCGCUUCUGGAGAAACGGCCAUUUGUUCCACCCAAACGGAGACCCCCUCCUCGAGGCCCUGGACGAGCAGAAAACACCAGGGCGGCGGUUGCAAACGGUCAGACACGACAUUGCCGGACAAUGGAGUGGAUGGCGUGCCAGUGCGGCGGCGGCGAGGGCAACGUUUGAAGUAUUGAUUGCGGGAGUCGGAUAUCUCUUGAUGUUAGCGGUCAUGACAAUGAACGUUGGAUACCUCCUAUCAGUACUGGGCGGAGUCUGGUUGGGCACGUUUCUCCUCGGUGGCCUUGCGAGUGGCCGGUGA